ACGUUGGGUACGAGUUUUUCAACCACUCCAACGGCCGGGAGAUACAACGAAUGAUCAACUCGCACGUGGAGGCAAGCAAAAUUGGCCGUCAGAUCGCGGAACAAGUGUUGGACCAUCAGCGGCGGCUGGGUGAUUCCUCCUCGGAGAGUAGUCCCAAUCCGAACGAACCGACGCUGCAGCCCGCCUUCAGUUCGGUCCUGUCGGAGACGACCCAUUCGAACGACGGCACCUCGGGUGACCACAGCCUGAACACCUCGAGUGGCGUUUCACCCUCGUCGGUUCCGGUCGGCGGUCCGUCGGCGGUGGUGACACCACGGAUAAACGGGACCCUACCCGGCUACGGUCACGUACAGACGAGCGCCCUCUUGAGCCCCGAGCACGAUGUGUCCCAAGCGCAGGUCAGCAGCACCGACGGGAACGAUGAGGCGGCCAUGGCUGUGAUUAUGAGUCUCCUGGAGGCUGACGCCGGACUCGGUGGGCCGGUCGAUUUUUCCGGCCUCCCGUGGCCCCUCCCGUAGACAACCGCAGGGACACUACGCAUUCAGUGCAUUUUCUUCAAGGCUAUGAUCGUGAUUCAACAACGGAUAGUUACCACAUACCAGGGGCCGGGGUGAGCCCGGGACAGAAAGCGUUGUACAUAGAGUUUUCCAAGCGCCUACGGUUGAGGGCCACCUAUCAACGAAGCGAUACGAUUAGAGCGCGGAACGAGGCUAAGGUGUAAGAGUAAAUGAUUCCUAAUGGGGUGCACUGUGAUGGGUGUAUAUUUUAAGACUACAUUGUAAAGACGAAAACAUGUGUACAAAAUGCCAAAC